AUGGCCGCCUCGAAGCCCGUGGAGGCGGCGGCGGCGGCGGCGGCGGCGGGUGCGGGGUCGGGCGGCGGCGGCGCGGGGUCGGGCCCGGGCGCCGGGGGCCCGCUGCCGCGCUGGCAGGUGGCGCUGGCGGUCGGGGCGCCGCUGCUGCUGGGCGCCGGCGCCGUGUACCUGUGGAGCCGGCAGCGGCGGCGCCGGGAGGCCGGGGGCCGGGGCGACGGCGGCGGCCCGCAGCGCCACAGCGAGCGCAAGACCCCGGAGGGCAGAGCCAGCCCCGCGCCGGGCGGCGGCCACCCCGACGGCCCCGGGCCGCACCUGGAGAUGAAUUCUCUUGAUAGAGCUCAAGCAGCCAAGAACAAAGGCAACAAAUACUUUAAAGCAGGAAAAUAUGAACAAGCUAUUCAAUGUUACACUGAGGCUAUCAGCUUGUGUCCUACAGAGAAGAAUGUUGACCUUUCUACAUUUUAUCAAAACAGAGCUGCUGCCUUUGAACAGUUGCAAAAAUGGAAAGAGGUGGCACAAGAUUGUACAAAGGCUGUUGAACUUAAUCCCAAAUAUGUGAAAGCACUCUUUAGACGUGCAAAAGCCCAUGAGAAGCUAGACAAUAAGAAGGAAUGUUUAGAAGAUGUCACUGCUGUGUGUAUAUUAGAAGGGUUCCAAAAUCAACAAAGUAUGCUGUUAGCUGAUAAAGUUCUUAAACUUCUUGGGAAAGAGAAAGCCAAAGAAAAAUACAAGAAUCGUGAGCCACUGAUGCCAUCUCCACAGUUUAUCAAGUCGUACUUCAGUUCUUUCACAGAUGAUAUAAUUUCUCAGCCUAUGCUUAAAGGAGAGAAGUCUGAUGAAGAUAAAGAUAAGGAAGGGGAGGCUUUAGAAGUGAAAGAAAGCUCUGGAUAUUUAAAGGCCAAACAGUACAUGGAAGAGGAAAACUACGAUAAAAUCAUAAGUGAAUGUUCAAAAGAAAUAGAUACUCAAGGCAAAUAUAUGGCAGAAGCAUUGUUACUAAGAGCCACCUUCUACUUGCUUAUUGGCAACGCUAAUGCAGCCAAACCAGAUUUAGAUAAAGUCAUCAGCCUAAAAGAAGCUAAUGUGAAGCUUCGAGCAAAUGCACUCAUCAAGAGAGGCAGCAUGUAUAUGCAGCAGCAGCAGCCUUUGCUGUCUACUCAGGAUUUCAACAUGGCUGCUGACAUUGAUCCUCAGAAUGCGGAUGUUUACCACCACCGAGGACAGCUGAAAAUCCUACUUGAUCAAGUUGAAGAAGCAGUGGCAGAUUUUGAUGAAUGUAUUAGGUUAAAACCAGAGUCCGCUCUGGCACAAGCUCAGAAAUGUUUUGCACUGUAUCGCCAGGCAUACACAGGAAAUAAUUCUUCACAAAUCCAAGCAGCUAUGAAAGGUUUUGAAGAGGUCAUAAAAAAAUUUUCAAAGUGUGCUGAAGGCUAUGCACUAUAUGCUCAGGCAUUAACGGAUCAGCAACAAUUUGGUAAAGCUGAUGAAAUGUAUGAUAAAUGUAUUGAUUUGGAACCAGAUAAUGCCACAACAUAUGUUCAUAAAGGUUUACUGCAGCUUCAGUGGAAGCAAGAUCUGGACAGAGGUUUGGAGCUUAUCAGCAAAGCAAUUGAAAUUGACAAUAAAUGUGAUUUUGCAUAUGAAACCAUGGGAACCAUUGAAGUGCAAAGAGGAAACAUGGAGAAAGCCAUUGAUAUGUUUAACAGAGCUAUUAACCUGGCCAAAUCAGAAAUGGAGAUGGCUCAUCUAUAUUCACUCUGUGAUGCUGCCCACGCCCAGACAGAAGUCGCUAAGAAAUACGGAUUAAAACCUCCAACAUUAUAGGGGGGUGGGGGGAGGAAAAUCACCCUCUGUUCAGGAGUUUACCCCCUCUUCAACUGAACCCUAAAGACAGUGUCUUGAACUGUGUUGAAUGGUGGAACUUAGUCUUUCCGUUCGUGCUAUUGUCAUUCAUUACGUCUGUUUCAUGUUUAGGUGUUGUGGGAGUGGCUGUUGAAGGAAGUUCACAAUCUUGCAGCUUUUAUUCCUUGUGCAACUAAAGCAUAGAACCUGUUAAAGGGGUUUUAAAAUAAAGUUGCAGAGUACAAAUGAUAAUUGGCCAUGCAAAUAAAAACUUUGAUUUGUUGAUUUGGCUUAUUAUUAUUUUGGGGUGGGAGGAAAUUAUGUUCUGAGAAAUUCUGUCUUUGUGCGUGAUGUACAAUAAUGUAUUUUACAGCAUGUUUUUUUUAACACGGUAAAUGCUGUAAAAUAGGUAUGUUAGAUUAAAUUAAUCCCUUUAGAGUUUUUGUUUUUAAGAAACAGGCUUAAUUGGGAUUUUGAUUUUUAAGUUAGCAAAAUUGAGAGAUUUAAAGACUACAUGCACAGUGCCUCUGAUUCUGCUGAACACUAGAAAGACCCAGGGGCAACUUUUAGGCACUUGAUCCCCUUCAGUUCUAAGAGCAUUGUUCUGAAAUUUUACAUUGGUUUUCAUAAAUUAUGCAGAUAGAAAACAUUCCAUGCUGUUUAUGUGCUGGAAAAAUACAUGAAUGGAAAAAUGGACCAAGAGGUAAGAUGAAACGAAAGUGUUUAUAAAUGCCUGUGACUAUUUUCUGUAAUAGGCACUACUAAUAGUAUACAUUUUAAAGAAAAUAUAGGUUGGUUGUAUAUAUUCAAAUGGAAUAAGUAAGAUUUGUAAGUAUAAUUUAAUGAGCUUAAAAUUUCUAAUGAAAUAUUAAAGGUUCAAAGGAUCUAAGUUUUGGAGCCAGAAGCACAUUUCCUGGAGUGGCAUGGUCAGUGCUCAACUCUGGCUGUAAACGUGUUUAAGGACUUUUGAACCAGUAUUUUCAAAGAUGGGAAGGAUAUAGGGUGUGGUUAUUUCUUUUAUUUUUCCCCAGUGCCAGGGACUGAGUCCAAGGCCUUGGACAUGCAAGGCCAGAUCUCUAGCCUGUGUCCCAGUGAGCUGGAUUUCCAGCUAGAUUGUAUUCAAUCAUGAGCUAUCGUUGGGUCUUCUAUGGCCUGACUGCCCAGAUCUGGUUCUUCUCUAGAGAUACAGCAGGCUUUUUUUUUUUUUUUUUUCAUUUUAUAUUUUCCUCACCUUUCUAGGAGGGAUGGAAGAGACAGCAUGCCAAAGCCUCGUUUAUGUGAGGCAUGCCAUACUGUCCCACUGAGCUACAUCCCUGGCCCCACCUGUCCUUACUUAGAAAUUAAUCACAUCACUUUUUUUCUCUCUGUUAUUUUUUUUAUAGACCAUCUUUUCAUAUUUAUAUGCUAAAAUUUUUUCUGGUGGAAGAGAGAUUGUCUUCUUAAGGAGUUUUUGAGAUACCAUGGGCAGGGAGGGGUUUAUUGAGUAAUAUAAUAAAGUGCGAUCCUUUGCACUUUUCCUUGACAUGAAAUGAGUUUACAUUGUUGGGAGUAAAGAGUCAUUUUACCCUUCCUUAAAAGGGUGCUUUAUCCUAUUGAAACCAAAAAGAUUUUAUGUACAAACGAUCAUUUUAGAAGCUAUUAGAAAUGAAUAAUCCUGUUCAAAGGCAGUCUGAAAAUUAUUGGGGGAUCCCUAAAUUAGUGGGAUCUGUUAGUGGGAUUACUUAUAUAAGGGAAAAGUUUGAGAGCUCUGUACUGUCGUCCUUAAAUUAUGCAUCUACUUCUAUUUCUGCCCGAGUACAGAAAUGUUCUACAUCUCCAAGUAACCUUUUUUUUAAAUAAAAAAGUUUUUAUUUGCAUGGUUAUAUUUACAUUAACACUGAUAUUUUCUACUUUUCUCCCUACUGCCCCCUGGGGUUGGGUAGAAAAACACAUAAAGGAAACGAAAGCAUGUGCCAUACAAUAUCAUUCCAAAUCUUCAUGGAACUAUUGCCUGUUCUGAAAACUUUGCAACUGCACUGAAAGCUGCACUUGUCUGUAUCUUUCUUUUGUAAAAAUGACCUCACAUGUAAAUUCACCAAAUAAAUAUUACAUACAUUCAA